AUGCCGGAAGCAGUCCCCACAGACAUCACCGUCAACACGGACGUCGGUCCAGCUACCAUCCCCGACCUGGACUCUUUCCCACCCACAGGCACCCCCAUCCAUCCUAAACUCUCCUCAUGGGAUCUUUACCGCUCCAUCGGCUCCCCUCAACGUGUCGUCGCACCCAUGGUCGAUCAAUCUGAACUUCCAUGGCGCAUCCUUUCCCGCCGGUAUGGCUCUGAACUCGUCUAUACACCAAUGAUCAACGCCAAGUUGUUUGCUGACGAAAAUAGCAAGAAGAAGAAAGUCAAGUAUCAAGAAGUUAACUUUAACAAGGAGUUUGCCGAGGAGGGAGCUACCUCUCUUUCUCUUACUCCUGCCAGCUCUUCUUCUUCAGAGCCUUCCAUUUCAGCCGAGGGUAGGUUUAAGGACACAGACCGACCACUUUUUGUCCAAUUCUGCGCCAAUGACCCAUCCACGCUCCUCCGCGCCGCUCAAGUAGUAGAAGACCGCUGUGAUGCAGUUGAUCUCAACCUUGGUUGUCCGCAACAUAUCGCGCGUCGAGGUCACUAUGGAUCAUACCUUAUGGAAGAUUGGCCUCUCAUUUUCUCCCUGAUCAACAUCUUGCACAUCAACCUCAAAGUACCAGUUACGGCCAAAAUGCGAGUUUACGAGUCCGUCGAGGAAACCGUAGCCUAUGCUCGGAUGUUAGAGCGAGCCGGAGCGCAGAUCGUAACCGUCCACGGCAGAACUCGAAACAUGAAAGGCCAUCAUACGGGUUUAGCAGAUUGGAACAAGAUUCGAGCGGUAAAAGAAGCAGUAAAAGUACCUGUCUUUGCAAACGGAAAUGUGUUGUAUCCGCAGGACUUUUACGAUGCUCUAGCUGCGACGGGCGCAAAGGGAAUCAUGAGUGCGGAGGGGAACCUUUAUAAUCCUGCUGUCUUUAUGAAAUUCCUUGCUAGCGUUCCGAGUAGGAUGUUUCCGAAUGCACCAGCUUUGCCAUUCCCUUCGAUUGUUGCCAUGGCACACGAGUAUCUUGACAUCGUAACCUCUCUUCGCACCCCUACUCAAAGCAGUGCUAUUAAGGCUCACCUAUUCCGUCUCUGCCGACCGGCUUUGGAGGUGCAUCGCGAUCUCCGAGAACAGCUGGGCAAGGCUAGAUUCGACGACAAGGCAGUUGGCCCAGCAAAGAUCGUUACAUACCGCCAAUUUCUCACGGAGCUCGAACGGAGGUUGGAGGAAGAUAUGAAGAGCGGUAUAUGGGAAAAGCAACCUGUCCCACCGCUGCCAGGGUCGGUAAGUCAUCUAACGGAGCCAAAUGGAGAGGCGGGAAGGCCGGCGUAUAUUCCUCAUUGGUUGGCUCAACCGUAUUUCAGGCCGCCACUUGUGCCUGGUGAACCAGGGGGAAAGGAGGCGGACAAGGUGAAGGCGGAAAAGAAGGCGGACAAGGGAGAUGGUGGGAAGUCGGCUGAGAUGAAUGUAGAUAUACAGAUUCAAGGUGAAGGUAAGGUGGCUAGGGGCAGAAGUGGAAGUGCUGAGGCUGAGGGGGAGGGGGAGAAGAAGAAGGCAAAAAUAAACGACGACAAGGAGAUUGCUCAGAUUGCUCGCUAA